UAUAAUACAAAAUCGAUUAUUAAACAUGGCAGAGAGGAAAAUCUGUCAUUAAUACCUGUCAUUCAAGCUUUGGCACACGAAUUAAAUUUACCGGUAUUAACAUUCAAACAAACGUCAAAGAGUUCAAUCGACAUGGGUAGAUGCAAGCAGAAGCAAAAUUUUAUGGACGAAAUGCACGAUAUCAUAUGUGAAAUAGAAAGAUUGAAGCCCGAGCCUGAGGUGUGCAACGUGAGCUGCCCUCCUCUAGGAUGUCCCCUAGGACCCUGUCCGGGGAUGUGCUGCUCAAAAAGGAUCUGCGAUCCUUGCUGCGUGUCAAAGAUGCCAUGCAAUCCAUCGUCACUCCGUCCACUUCGUCGUUGCAUGCCACGUUGUUUAAAGGACUAUGCAUGCAGUGCGGCCCGCUUGUCGUCCUGCGGCUCUUCAUCGAUAGACAUAAAUCGAGGAAAUCCAACUAACCGGAAUGGCGGUUGUUGCAAGCUCAUUCCUCAUGAUCAAUCAGGAUUCCACCCACCCCCCGUAUAAUCUUAUAUCGACUGUAUUGCCUCGUUAGAUCGAUGUUAUGGUGGAAUGCGUAAUCGAGUCGUCGGAAGAAAUAAUUAUCUAUUACUUGUACUACAAAAAAGUCUUUAUCAUUCCAUUAACAAAAUUAAAAUAAAAAUCCGGAUUAUUUAGAGAAA